AUUUUCGAAUAACGAUACUCUUUUUCAGGGUAAAUUCCUCAAAAAACCCUAGUGCGGAUUUUAACCACGCUCGUCGCACAUUCAUAAAUGAUUCUGAUCCUUCGUCGAAUUUUUGCCGGCCGCUUUGAAAUCAAGACGCCAAGGCAGCAUCAAAAAUAAAGCCGUCGUCUAUCAUAUAAACCGACCUGGUUGUCUAUAGUUACUGGUUUGUUAUUUUGCAAUUGUGAAUUCCGCAAAAAUUGAACAUUAACAACUCACAAAAGUUCAAUAAAUUAAAAAUUUAAAACAGGCCAUCAUUAUGUAAAACCAAAGAAUUUUCGAGAAUUUUAACGCAAACAUUGGCAUUAAAUAUCAUUGCCUCGGAACGAAGAGUUUUGGCAGAAUACGGAAUCAUCAAAAAGGAUUAUCCACGUACGUCGUGUUUUGAAUCGGCAAGGGAAUGGAAAAACUCGCCUGACAAGCUGGCCUACUACACCUACACAUCACAAAUUGUUCAAUAUUUACACCCAAUAAUUUAUAUACAUAUGUACAUAUAUUCGAUGAAUAAUUAAGACUGAACAGCUUUAAAAUGCAAAAUCUGAAAGAUUUGCUGCUGCGAGGAUGUGGGUACCUCCUCCUUAUAAGCAUCACAACGAGUUCCAUGCAAUGUCAUGGAACACAUAUAUUGGCGGUAUUGCCAAGUGUUUGGAAAUCCCAUUACUUAUUUGGAUAUCAAAUGAUGCAACAAAUCAUGGAACGGAGAAAUUACUCGGUUACUUUAAUAAGUCCGUACGAGGGUGGUGGCGGGGGCAAAGUACAGGCUCAUGUACAAGAUGCCCGCUUUAGGGAAAUUAAGGUAGAAGGUUUGUUGGAGAAUUGGUUAGAGAUGGGUUUGACUUUUGACAUUGAUGAAAUGCAUGGAAAAUCUGUAAUGGAACACUUUACACGCCUCAUGUAUGCUACCACCAGUAACACAGAUACACUGUUGCAAAAUCCCAAGGUGCGAGAAUUAUUGCAAUCUCAACAAAAAUACGAUUUAUUAGUGGUGGAUUUAUUUCUUAGCGAUGCUUUAUUGGGUUUAUCGUUUUUCUACCAAAUACCUACUGUUGUCAUAAGUCCUAGCGGUUCGAAUACCUGGCUCAAUCAACGUUUCGGCAAUCCCCAGAAUGCCGCCCUUGAUCCUAGUAAUUUUCUCCCCUAUUCCAAGGAUAUGACUCUGUGGCAACGCAAUAUCAAUACGCUGAUGGCCAUGUUCGAGAAACUUACAUAUUCCUUUUUCCAUAUGAUCUCUCAACAAGCUGUGUACACCAAACACUUUGAACCUCUUUGCCAAGUUGCACCAUGGUGCAAUGAAUUGCCUGACCACAGAGACCUCACCGAAAACCUAUCUUUGGCCCUUAUAAACUCCCAUCCUGUGCUGCAAUAUCCAAGAUCUUAUCUACCCAAUAUGCUGACAGUAGCAGGAGUUCAUUUAGCAACGGAUGGUCAAGAACUUAAACUACCUGCUCACUUAAAAGAAUUUAUUGAAGAAGCGCAGCAGGGCGUGGUUUAUAUAAGUUUUGGAGCCAAUAUUUAUGAUUUCCCUCAGGAAAAAAUUGAACUAUUUUUAGAUUUUAUAGAAACACUGCCCGAAAUGCGUUUUAUUGUCAAAUAUGAUGAAGAAGAAAACCUAGAUAUGACAUCGAAAGUGAGUGAUAAAGUUAUGGUACAAAAUUGGUGGCCUCAACAAGCCAUUCUGGCCCAUGACAAUGUGAAAUUGUUUAUAACCUCAGGUGGUUUUAUGAGCAUCACAGAAUCCAUUUAUUUCCUAAAGCCUAUUCUAGCCAUACCAAUAACGCCAGAACAAUACGUAUUAGUGGAAAAUUUGAAAAUCCAGGGAUCGGCGUAUAUACUAAACUACAACGACCUAACCUACGAUCAUAUUUUAUGUGGCGUCAAUGACACUUUGAAUAACCCUAAAUAUAAGGAAUCCUUAAAGGUCUUAAAAUCACAAUUGGUCAAUGACUUGACGGGUUUGACGCCAAUAGAAAAAGUUCUCAGCUCUAUAGAUAUGACAUUAGAGACAAAAGGCCUAAACUAUCUUAAAACCCACUCGCAACAUUUAAAUUUCUGGAGUUCCAUAUUGAUGGAUGUUAUGCUCAUAUUACUACUGGGCUUACUAACUAUACUAGCCAUUCCUUUUAUCCUGACCAGCUGCAUUUUACGCAAAUCCUACCAGAAUCAUGCAAAUCUCACAACGUUAAAAAAUCAAGUUCGUACACGACGCGAAAUUGAUGAUUUCCUAACCAAAAGCCUUAAUAAUGGUGACAAUGAAACGUUGAAAACAGUUAGACGCUCAUCCUCAAAUUCCGACUUUCAACAGAAACGUAAACGACUGUCAUCAGGGUGUUCUCACAGCAACUCGUGUUGUUAUUGUUCAUCGGUUUCAUCUUCAGCUCCAGGAACACCUGUAACUCGUGAAUCGCCCUCAUUCAGUAAAUCUCUGGAAACAAAUGACAUCUAAUAAAAAUCCCUUAAGUAGAUUGUUUUUUUUACAAAAAUAUACAUAUAGUAUGGUAUAUAUCAACGUAGUUGCAUUAUAUCUACAUAUACAUAAGAACAUUUUGUAGCUUCUAAGUGUGUUUGUAUUGGUAUAUUUUAUAUGUAAUGUGUACUAUGUAUUUUAUGAAAUAAUUGUUGUUUUUAUGAAUAUUAAUGUAUUUACCCUAUUGAAAAAAAAAAAACAAAA